AUGAGCAAAGCUUACCACGCUCGCGAGCCAUUGCGAGCUCUGCAGACUGACAGAGGCGACCGUCUCGCUGCAGACGAGAGCCUGCUUUCCGGCUGGUGCGGCCUCGCUCUCGUUGCCGCUGCGGGCGCUUCCUGCCCGCCAGUACAUAAAGCGCAGCGGGCGCGGAGGGAGGCCAGCCUCAGCGGAAUGGACGGCGGCGGCAGCAGCAGCAGCAGCAGCAGCAGCAGGUGGCGGACGAGCGGACAUGGGGCACCCCCGUGUCGGAGCCUGGGGCCCACACUGCUCGCCCUGCUACCGGCGACCGCCGCCUUGGGCUUUGUCAAGAUAUAUCUGUCAGCGCAGGGUGCGCAGAUCAUCAACCAGUGUUUAAGCCAGUUUCCUAACGCACAGCGUGACCUGACGACACUGAACGAGAACGCAUCGCAAGACACGAAGUGCUUCAUCAACUGCAUCGCACAGAGUGAAGGUCUGGUAUCGAACGGCAACCUGUCGAUGAGCGCCACUAUAGCCUACUUCGACCGCCAGACGGCUCUUAUGGGGCAGAUGGGCGUCAUCGUAGACGGCACCACCUUCAAUGCCCUGCGACAAAACUGUUUCACUCUAGGAACCAAUGCAACAUGUGAUGCAGUAUAUCAGCAGUUCCUCUGUGUGAGACGAGCUCUACAGUCGUCGAUUUCGUACAUUGGCCGAAGACGUCGAAGACAAGAACAACGACCUGAAGUUCCGGGAGUGGCCGCUAGUUUCUACCUUGCGUCGUCUCAAGUCACAAGAAACACAUGAAGAAAUCCAUUCAUCAGUUAUCAAACUGCAAUAACCUCAUUGUUAGUAUUCAGUGUAUUUGAACAUGUUUUUGUGGGUGUAUGUGUGUACAUAAAUUGUU